AUGCAGCACGGUAAUACUAAGAAGGUGACUAUUGCUGAUGAUGGGGUAUUCAGGCUUCAAGGACGGAUUUGUAUGCAUACUAUGAAUGGGUUGUCGGAGAUGAUUCUUAAGAAGGCCCAUACUUUACGAUAUUCCAUUCAUCCGGGCACCGCGAAGAUGUAUCAUACUUUGAAGCAGCACUACUGGUGGAUAAGAAUGAAGAAAGUUAUUGUAAUAAAGAAGAAAGAUAUUGUUGAUUAUGUGGAACGGUUAUUGAACUAUCAACAGGAUAUUUUACGAGCCCGUGUCAUUGAUUUUGGGGAUCAGUGGGAUCCGUUUUAUCCGCCAGUAGAGUUUGCCUACAACAACAGCUAUCAGUCGAGCAUCCAGAUGGAUCUAUAUGAGGCCCUAUAUGGGAGGCAAUGUCGAGUAUCCGGAUGGCCUUCUCCAGUAGGCUGGUUUGAGCCUGCGGAGGCUAGGUUGUUGGGCACUGAUAUGGUUCAUGAUGCUUUGGAGAAGGUGAAUACAGCUCAAUCAAUAAAAUAA